CGAAUGUUGGAUAUGAGUCGAAAACAACAGUUGACGUCGUCAUUCAUCGUCCACUAUUUUUCUACCAAAACACGCAAGAAUUGAUUCCCAGGAAGGAAGAAGAAUUGGGUAUUCUUGAUUCUUAUAGAGAUGCUAAAUUUUAGUUUUGAAUUUCACAAUUGAUUUGAGGAAAAAAAAAUGUUUGGAUGCAAAUGCUUCCGUUGGAGCAAAAUUUCAGAUCUUUCUUCCCGAGAACCUGAUACUUUUCUUCUCCCAGAACCCAUUCCUCAAUGGCCUCAAGGAUGUUCUGGUACAGGAUUCGCUAGUGGUACAAUUAAACUAGGGGAACUGGAGGUUCAUAAAAUCAGCAAGUUUGACUUUGUCUGGGGUUGUAAUUUGUCACAAGAUCGGAAACAGGGUGUUAGCUUUUAUAAGCCAAGGGGGGUGCCUGAUGGAUUUUUCAGCCUUGGCCACUACUGCCAAUCUAACAAGAAGCCUCUACGAGGGUUUGUGCUUGUUGCUCGGGAAGUGGCUAAACCUGAGGCAGAAGAUCAUUGCAGUGGAAAUCCUUGUUUGCCUGCGCUCCAGAAUCCCCUUGAUUACACGUUAGUCUGGAGUUCUAAUGAUGGAACUGAAGAAAAUUUCGAUGGAUCCGGUUAUUUCUGGUUACCUCAACCACCUGAAGGUUAUAAAUCCCUGGGGUUCAUUGUGACUACUAAGCCUGUUAAACCUGAGUUAGGGGAAGUCAAAUGUGUUCGAGGUGACCUCACUGAUGAAUGUGAAACUUACCGCUUGAUACUUAAAACCAGCUCUGUGCUUUCAGAAGUGCUGGCAAUUUGGAGCAUAAGACCGCGGCAUAGAGGAAUGCAUGGUAAAGGUAUUUCAGUUGGUACCUUUUUCUGCAGUAGCUAUUGGAGCACAGGGCAAGAGUUAAACAUCGCAUGCCUAAAGAACUUCGAUACGAGUCUACAAGCAAUGCCAAACCUUGAUCAGAUUCAUGCAAUCAUUAGGCACUAUGGUCCUACUUUGUUUUUUCAUCCCAGCGAGACCUAUCUUCCAUCUUCUGUACAAUGGUUCCUUGACAAUGGCGCAAUGCUCUAUACAAGAGGCGAUUCAGUUGCUAAGCCCAUUGAGCCUGAAGGUUCCAAUUUACCUGGUGGUGGGACAAACGAUGGCCAAUGUUGGAUUGAUUUGCCUAGCGAUGCCCGCAGGGAUAUUGUCAUAUUUGGAAAUUUAGAGAGUGCAAAACUUUAUGUUCAUGUUAAGCCAGCCUUAGGUGGUACUUUCACAGAUCUUGCAAUGUGGAUUUUUUGCCCCUUCAAUGGGCCAGCUACUCUAAAGGUAGGAGUAGUGAAUGUUCCUCUAAGCAAAGUCGGUCAGCAUGUAGGUGAUUGGGAGCAUUUCACUCUCCGAGUGAGCAAUUGCACAGGAGAGUUGUGGAGUAUCUAUUUUUCUCAACACAGUGGUGGUGAAUGGGUGGAUGCUUAUGAUUUGGAGUUCAUUGCAGGAAAUAAAGCUAUUGUUUAUUCAUCAAAGGGUGGCCAUGCUAGCUUUCCUCAUCCUGGAACUUACAUUCAAGGGUCCUCAAAGCUAGGGAUUGGAAUUAGAAAUGAUGUUGCACGUAGUAAUCUCUAUGUAGAUUCAAGUACCCAGUAUGAAAUUAUUGCAGCACAGUAUCUCGGACAUGAAGCUGUUAGUGAGCCAUGUUGGUUACAAUAUAUGAGAGAGUGGGGUCCAACCAUUAUUUAUGACUCAAGAAAGGAGCUUGAGAAAAUUGUUAAUCGCUUGCCAAUAAUGGUUCGAAAUUCAGUACACAGUAUUUUUGAUAAGCUGCCAAUGGAACUGUUUAAGGAGGAAGGCCCUACUGGGCCAAAGGAGAAGAACAACUGGUUUGGAGACGAAAGAUGGUAGCACAUUUCUUUGUCUAUGGGUAUCUUACUCUUGCCAGUAGAUCAGAAUUGGCACCAUUAUGUACAGAUUCAUAUUACUCUACGACUGGGCUUUGUAGUUGCUUUAGUUUAGCAAUUUGUGAGGACGGACUAUAUUAAGGAUCC